UAAAGCUGGCCUACUUUCGGUUUGUAAUAUUAAACUUAUCAAUACGCUAGCCCAACAUGGAUGAACAAACUGAAUUUUACAAGUUUUCUUAUCUUUGGAAAGGAUGUGAUCACCUAAUGGGAUUUAAAGAAUUUGUAGACAUACGUCGAAUCGCUGAACAAACAUGGCUAGAAAUUUCAAGUCGGGGGAGUGUCUUUGAAAGAAAGUUGGUAGGCAGUAUGGGCGAUGGAAUUGAGUUUAAAAGGAAUGGUAUUGACGAUCUUUUCAUAUUUAAAAGAAUUAGUGUUCUAUCUCAGGGCAAUAUGAAGAGUCUGCCUGUGAAUAUGGGAAUGACAUUGUUAGCAAAUUACGUUAAUCCAGGGUAUUGUAUCCUUGGAUACAAUACUGGUCCUGUGUUCUCAGAUGAUCUAUAUGACAACGAUGGUAACUCUCGGAUAUGUUUUUCAAGCUCCAAAUUUAUACACAGAUGCUUGAAUUUAACAUCAGGAAAUGCGAGAGCAGAGGGACCAGUAAUUGUAGAUGAUUCACAGAGAACUAUAUGCGCACUUCCUGUCAUUGGUUGGCCACCCGUCGCCAAGGAAUGGAUCACAAGAGAUCGGAACAGAUGUUGGCCAGAAAAAGAAACGAUGAAUAAAGUUAUAUUUGAUGGUUGCCAUUGCGUCCCAGUUGGUCACUCAGUAUCAACAACAAAACAUCUGGAAUGGCAACUUAGUUUUUCAGUUGCUGAAUGCACCUUAGUACAUUCCAUGGAUCAUCGUCUUUUCAAACUCUACCAGAUCUUGAAAAUUCUUAUCCACGAACGAUUGAACAAUAUGGACGGAUGCGGGGAAUGUAUAUCCUCAUACAUGAUAAAAACGUUGAUGUUUUGGAUGUGCGAAGACAAAUUACCAAACUUCAUUUGCGCUCAGAAUUUGAGAGAGAGUAUUGAAGAAUGUUUGACGCAAUUAGAGGAAUGGAUCAGGAAGGACUUUUUUCCUCACUAUUUCAUUCCAGAGCGAAACCUCAUUGAACAAAAGUUAAGGCCAUUGCAGAAAGCCACAAUUCUGGAAAGAAUUUUAAUCAUGAAAAGUGGAGUUUUAAGUGAAUUAUUAAAUUGUUCAUCUUUCAAAAUAGUAAAAGAAGAAGUCACUGCCGAACCUCCCCUUCCUGUUCAUGGUCUUGAUGUGGCAUCUGAUGAUCUAAAAACAAAGUGCGAAUUUGUUUUCUUCGAAAAUGUUGGAAGUGGCCAUUUUAGUGCCAUGUUUUUUUCUCGAGCCAAGCAAGUUCUUCGAAACUUUGAAAAUGCAUAUUCAUUUGAUACGCUUAGUGAUUUACAAGGUAGUGUCGUUAAGCAAAUGUAUUAUAGGACAGCAAAUGCUGCUGGAAAAAUUGCUUAUCGAAUCGUCAAAGAUUCACACACUAAUAAAAGAAAAUAUCAUUUCCUACGCCUUUCCGAGUCAUUUCUAAAAAUCGGAUGCUCAACAGAUGUGACUAGCGGAAAACUUUCACUAGCUACCUUAUAUUCCUGCCUGGGGAAGACUCGAAAAUGCAUCAGUGUUAUUGAUGCAUUAUUGCGUGGAAUCAUGCCCUAUACUGUGUACUUACGAAAUUUGACAACCGUGUCAAACAAUUCUGCUCGUUGCAAGCUUUAUCAAGAAGUCAUUCACCCACAACCCAUUCCUUUAUCCCUGAAAAUGAAGCGGGGCUGUGUGGCUGAUAUUGAAAUUAUCCGAUCAACGUUUUUGUGGCCUGCAGCCAUUAGCUUAGAAAUUGAAUCAUUCCCUUAUAAAACGAAACUGAUAAAUGUGCCAGCAUUGGUUUAUUUGUACUUCCUGAGGUUUUUAUGUUUUGAAAUGCGUGGAGAUGGUAUCCUCAAAAUGGAGGCAUUGUCAAACUUGUCUGUAAUAUCAUAUGAUGACGAACACAAUGACGGAUCAUUUUUGUCGUACAACAUCAUUGGUAUUUGUCACGAGAGAGUUCGUAAUUAUCUUGAGGCUGUUGAAAUGUUUGUUCAUGCCGCCAAAGAUGCUAAAACAUAUGAGUGGAUGAACGAAAAUAUGAACCCAUGCCUUCUGCGUAUAGGAAUAGUCCUGAAUAAGAAAUUUAGUGAGGAAAGAUAAAAAAAAAAAAGAAACUUUAAUUGUCUCCUUUCUUUUAUGGGAAACCAACUUUAAAAAUGAUGUUUCUUCUAAGAAUGAAAAAAAAAACGUAUGUUUUUUAAAAUAAUUACUCCGAAUAACUAAUUUUACGUAUUUGUAUGUUUUUGAAUAAUUGGGUAGAUGUGUUGUCAAUAAUGCAUGUAUUUUAUAUUCGGCCGUGAAAAAAGUAAAGGAUCACAUUUAUUCAGGGGCGAAAAAAUUCCACUUAUAUGACCCAGUGAUAUAAAAUUUUGCAGGAGAUAAUACAACCAUUAAAUAAGUAAAAUAUUCGAAAUAAAACUUAACUUUUGCAAUUUUGUUGUUACAAAAACAUUUCUGAGAAAAAAAGAAAAUGAAAAAAUUAGUCAAAUUUUCCGUUUCAAUACAAAUCUACCUUUGAGGUAGCAUAUCGUCCUCAAAUGAAGAAAAUAUGGCUAUCAAUAUUGAUAUUUAUUUAUAACAUUGUUAUUUUGUAUUUUAAAAACAGUGUUUGACUUUAGGCUUUGAACUUUGUAAAAAUAUUUUUUAGAAAUCUGAAACCCUAAGUAAACGUAAUCCUUAAUCAUUGUUAAAAUAUUAUACCUAUUGUCUUAAAUUUUAAAAACACCGAACAAUUGUUACUCCAGACCCAACCCUCCUAAAAUAAUGCGUUAUGUUAACAUUAUCUUUUAUAAAUAUUUUUAAAAAGUCAAAAGCAGUUCUCAUUAGUGCAUUUAGCUUUUAAGCUUUUUGCUCUUAUUUCUAAAAGUGAAAAAGAAGAAAUUUCGGUAUUUAGAAUUUUUAAUUCAUGAAAGUACUUCCAUUUUUUUUGGGGGGGGGGGGGCUGGAGGUUGUGUGUCUGAAUGUAAGAUAUAUAUGAUGCGUCGAUUCAUCUGCCAAUUGAUUUUGUUCGAAUUUUGAAAAUGAUACUGAUGUAUUUUCUGACGUAUAUAAUGCAUGGUUUAACGCACUUGUCUUUAUAGAACAUGUUUGAAAAUAAUGGUUAAAAUUUCACAAUAGUUUUACACCUAUUUUUUUAAUUACAAAGGCAAAUUUUGAGGCUAGGAUUACAUAAACUCAGCUUUUCCCCGUAAACAAUUGAAUCAAUUUAUCGGCACCUAAUUUGAUCGAUCAUCAAUUAUGUAAAAGAAACAUCAAAAUUGACUACAGAAUUUUUGAAGUGGCAAAAUAUUUGGCCACUAUUAGAAGUCAGGUAUUUUGAAAUAAAACACAGAAGACAAGACUUCAAAUACAUAUAAACGAAUUUAUCACUUGCUUUAUCUUUCCGAGGCAUUUCUAAAAAUCAAGUGUUCAGCAGAUGUGACCAGUGGGAAACUUUGACUAGCAUGUUCAUAGUUCUGGCUGUAGAUAGAUUUUAAAUGUCUAAUGCGGUUUUGUGCAAUAUUUUACCAUUCAUCGUGUACUGACAUGGUCAUGGUGAAACUGACAGAUGUCUGGUGACUUCUUUAUUUGAAUAAAGUAGAUAGUUUGGAAUGUUAAUACUCUUACAUAUUUUGUAGUGCCGAGUAUCAAAUGAAUCAAAAAUCGUACUCAAUAAUUCGCAAAUACAAUGAGAUAGGUAAAGUUAGCUACUAGUAACUGGCUACGAGAAGUAAGAAAAGCUAGUUACUAGUUACUGGCUGCGAGAUGAAAUGAAAGUUGGCUACUAGUAACUGGCAACUAGUAACUGGCUGCGGGAAGUAAGAAAAGCUAGCUACUAGUGACUGGCUACGAGAUGAAAGAAAUUUGGCUACUAGUUACCAGUUACUGUCCAAGUGAGAAAACAUACCUAGGAUUUAUAUUUGUAUUCUUAAUAUGUACAUUGCACUAUAUCAUUAUUUACUCAUAUUCCUCUCAUACUGUCAUCGGUAAUUUGUGCAUUUCGUUUAAAAUAUCUCUAUUUUAGACAAUGGUGUCCAGUUGAUUCAAGUAGCUGUACUUAAAGAUUGAAAAUAUCAACAAGUUUUAAUAUUCAAAACAAUCUAUCAGGUUAUCCGCAUGAUAUAACAACAAAAUUACUCAGAUAUCUCUCUUAAUCUCGUCAGCUACCAGUGCAUUUCGUUUCAACUAUCUCUAUUUUAAAGACAAUUUUUUUAUGCAACUCAAGUAGCGGUACAUAAAGAUUGAAGACAUCUUCAAGGGUUGCUAAUAUCAACAUUGUUUCAGGUCAUCUAGUACAUAAUAUUACGACACAAUUACUCAGAUAUAUCUCUUUAUGUAGUUAGCUACAAGUUGAUUUUGUUACAAAUAUCUUUAUUUUUUUGGCGGUUUUGUCAAUAUAUCUUAAGUAACUGUAUAUAUAAAUUAAGGAUAUAUGCCAGUCUUGCUAAUAUAAACAUUCCUUCAAGUCUUCCACAUAAUAUUACGACACAAUUACUCAGAUAUCUCUCUUUAUGUCGUCAGCUACAAGUGCAUUUUGUUACAAAUAUCUUUAUAUUUUGGCGGUUUUGUCAAUAUAUCUCAAAUAGCUGUAUAUAUAGAUUGAAGAUAUAUGCCAAACAUGCUAUUAUCAACAUUCGGUCAAGUCAUCCACAUAAUAUUACAACACAAUCACGUAGAUAUCUCUCUUUAUGUAGUCAGCUUCUCGCGCAUUUUUUUUUUUACAAAUAUCUUUAUUUUUUGGCGGUUUUGUCAAUAUAUCUCAAGUAACUGUAUAUAUAAAUAAAAAGAUAUAUUCCAGUCUUUAUAAUAUCAACAUUCCUUCAUGUCAUCCACAUAAUAUUACGACACAAUUACUCAGAUAUAUCUCUUUAUGUAGUCAGCUACAAGUGCACUUUGUUACAAAUAUCUUUAUUUUUUGGCAGUUUUGUCAAUAUAUCUCAAACAGCUGUAUAUAUAGAAUGAGGAUAUAUGCCAGUUUUGCUAAUAUCAACAUUUCUUCAAGUCAUCCACAGAAUAUUACGACAAAGUUACUCAGAUAUCUCUCUUUAUGUCGUCAGCUACUAGUGUAUUUUUUACAAAUUUCUUUAUAUUUUGGCAGCUUUGUCAAUAUAUCUCAAAUUGCUGUAUAUAUAGAUUGAAGAUAUAUGCCGGAAAUGCGAAUAUCAACAUUCUGUGAAGUCAUCCACAUAAUAUUACAACACAAUCACUCAGAUAUCUCUCUUUAGGUAGUCAGCUUCUCGUGUAUUAUUUUUUUACAAAUAUCUUUAUUUUUUGGCGGUUUUGUCAAUAUAUCACAAGUAGCUGAUAUAUAAAUUGAAGAUAUAUGCCAGUCUUUGUAAUAUCAACAUUCUGUCAAGUCAUCCACAUAAUAUUACAACACAAUUACGCAGAUAUCUCUCUUAAUGUCGUCAGCUACUAGUGCAUUUUGUUACAAAUUUUUUAAUUGUUUGGCAGUUUCGUCAAGAUAUCUCAGAUAGCUGUAUAUAUAAAUAAAAAGAUAGCACA